AUGGUACUUGCACGAGGCUUGCGGACCAAGGCAAAUACGGAAGCUUCCAAGUCGUCGGACUGGACCCAGGCUGCAGUGCCUCGCAAGAGCAACACUGGUGUUAUAGCUGGUGGUGUAGUUGGCGGCGUAUGCGGGCUCGCUCUCAUCGCUGCCGCCGUCUUUCUGCUUCUCCGUCGGACCAAAAAGCCUGGCCAACCACCGGAAGCUCCUGUGGAUGAGCGACGGGAAGUUGAUGGAAGGAGCGCAAUGGCCGAAAUGCCACACCAAGGCCCCAAACAUGAGAUGGACUCGAAGAACAUAGCACCACAGGAGCUCGGUGACAAGAAGAGUGUGGACCUGCCACCCGUCGAGCUACCAGGCGACGAUGCUACUCGACAUUCCCAGCAUAUAAUCGAUUCUCAGCUUACUGCCAGUGAGAAGCGCUGA